GCAGAUUUCAUUUCACUCACAAACCAUGGAACGACGCGACCUCGAACGCUACCGGUACUGGCAACACAAGCAGGACGAGCGCCUCGUCAAGGCCAUCGUGACAACGACGCUCGACCUGGACGUUGGCACCAGCAUCGCCAACGGCGCCGAUUUUUGGGGCUGUGUGCACAACGAUGCCGUCUUUUCUGGAUGGCUGCCCGGUGAUAUUCGGCGGAUAUGGCAGAGCGAGCUCCCCGACCGCUGGCGGGCGAUCCAACCCGAACUUCGCCGCUUCACAGAGUGCUACACGUCGGAGCAACCCAAUGCCGGCAUUAGCGAGAAGCAGGACGUCGCCAUUGCCGCCCUUGCACGCUACAAGUCGGAUCCAAACAACGGCACGGAUUUCAAGUUCCUCGACGUCUGGCGCUGGUCGCAGGAGUCGGCGGCGCGGAUGCAUGAGGUCGCACCGCGCGUCUGUGCCAUCGCACCAGAGAUCGAAGGACUCGUGCAUUCGCUACAACAGUGCCUCCUACAACCAUGCUCGCCACUGAAACGGCCGCGCGAAGUUGUAGCGUCGACGUCGCCGGUCAAGAAGCUCAAGGUCUCCGAAGUUGACUCUCCAACGUCAAAACGUGCCAUUUGGAAGCGCCGGAAUGAACUGCUCGAGACGCACAACCAGCUGCUUCGCAAAGUCGCAGACGCGCAAACGGUGUUAGCGGACCAAGUCGCGGCUGUGAACGCACCGCCCAACGAGCGAGACGCGUUCCUUGCGCUACAGCGACGCGUCAUCGUGGCGCGUCUACAAAAGCAAGCUCGGGAGUUGGGCGCUUUGUAAUCGAAUCCAUGUUGCUCGAUUGCAUUUUCCC